CCAUCACUUCCAGGGGCCUCUGCCCAGGCAGCAGGAACUGUUUCCUAACCACAACAUCCUUUGGGGUUUGGCCUACAAGGCUGGGGUGGAUGACCCCUAAAUAGCCCUGGCAGGUUCCCCGAUGACCUGCCUGCACCCUGGUCAGGCACAACCCCUCGCCUUCGUGGCCCAGCCCAGAGGGUAUAAACAGUGCUGGAGGCUGAAAUGGGCAGACCAGCUGAGUCCAAAGCUGCAGCCCUAACGAAGGCAGCCGCUGACAGACACACCAUGAGGACCAUCACACUCCUCACCCUGCUGGCCCUGGCCAUACUCUGCCUCACUGGCCAGGCAGAUGCGAAGCCCCGUGGUGCAAAGUCUGGCAAAGAUGCAGCUUUCGUGUCCAAGCGGGAGGGCAGUGAGGUGGUGAAGAGACCCAGACGCUACCUGGAUUACUGGCUGAGAGCCCCAGCCCCCUACCCAGAUCCCCUGGAGCCCAAGAGGGAGGUGUGUGAGCUCAACCCAGACUGUGAUGAGCUGGCUGACCACAUCGGCUUCCAGGAGGCCUAUCGGCGCUUCUACGCACCAUCUAGGGCAUCUUCCCGCUGGCCCGGCUGGCAACCACAGCUCUGGCUCCUCUCCAGGACCCCUUCCCCUCCUCUCACCCUGACCUCCCUGCCCUGUGAGUGUGGGGUCCCCAUCACUCCAGCUGCUCCAAAAUAAACUCAAGAGGAAUUGG